AUCGGUGGUGAUGCUUUCACUAAAGUACAUUGCAAUGUUAUUACAAAAAAAUCCCAACAUCCAAGGUGCAGAAGGAUCUGAAUACCGUCUGUUUACAGUUGCGCUGAUGCUAGGUUGAUUUCUUUCUUGGGAAUUUGAUGGGUCCUGACUGUGUACAUCUCUUCGUUUCUGUCCAGCCAACAAAUUUCUCGACGAUAAUACAUUUACCAACAAGACGUGGUCUGAUGUUUCGGGAAUGAAGGUCACUGACCUGAACAUUAUGGAACUCGAGUUUCUGGAUGUCUUGAACUUUGGAUUGUUUGUAGGCAAAGAUGAGUUCGGAAGGUGGAAGGUGGCAUUGGUCCACUUUAAGAACCAGCUGCAGUCGGUAUAUCAGGCACAGGAACAACAGCAACGACAAAAGAUGAUCGAAGCUUCCCUCAAAAGCGUUGGCCUUUCGAUGUUGCAGCCACAAGACCAGCAACAGCAACAACAACAACAACAACAACAGCAGCAGCAGCAACAACAACAACAACAACAACAGCAACAGCAACAGGCUUGGACACUACCUCAGGAUAUGACACGGCAGCAGCAAUCACAACAGCAACAACAGCAGCAGCAAGCAGCGGCAGCGCAUCAGCAGUACCAUCAGCAAUAUUUGUACCUGCUUUCCAAAGCACAACAACCUCAAUUCCCUACACAACCGCUCAAUCAGCCGCUUGUGCGAGUACCGCUGAGGAUACCGGCACAACCGGUGUACAUGAAUGCUGGGCAUUCGUCUUCCCAACCGUCGCAGACUGCACCACCGUCACAGCAACAGCCUGCUCAACCACCGAUUACGCCUGUGUCCAUGUAUGAUGAUGCCUCGUCCAUGAUGAACUCAGCCAUGCGCACGGCCGGCGGUAACAGCAGCGGUACCGUCAGCAGCGGUGCACCGGUGAUAGUGACAUCGUCAAACACACAUCCUACCGAUACCGGCAACCAGCGGCCGUCGUAUCCACAACAAAGCAUUGCACCGUCUUCCAUCGAUACCCAAUUUCCGUCACACUACCCACCUCGCCAGACCCCGGCGCCAUCCUCAUCAUCAGCAGCAGCAGCAGUAUCAUCGGGGGUGAUACACCCCGUAGCUACCAGUAAGCCCUUGAACAGCAGGCCAAUGUACGACAACUAUGGGAUGCCGGGCCCUGCCGCUCCUCCUCCUACGACUGUUGCUUCAACCCCGAGCGGGAAUGACUCGCUCUAUCCAAACUAUGGAUCUGCACUACCUGGGAGAGCGCCAACUCCUACUGCGACUUCUGGAGCACCUCCACCACAACAGCACCAGCCGCAACAACAAGGCUACCCUCCACCACAACCCACGUAUCCACCUCCACCAUCACAACAACAACAACAACAACAGAAUCCGCCACCACCACCACCACCACAACAACAGACACCAUCACUGCAACCUCAGCAUCAGCCGCUUCCGCCACCUCAGGCGCAGCAACAGCCACCGCAGCAUCAACCUUUAAGGCAACAAGCAGCCACGCCAGUGCAACAGCAGACCGAUUACGCUGGAGGUGCUGGGAAUGUUGCACCGUCUUCCAUGUACUAUUAUGCCACGCCAUCCGCAACACCAACGGCGGUGCACACAGAUAACGCAUAUGGUUACAGCAACGGCUCUGCCUCACGACAAACGGUGCGUUCCUACUAUCUCGAGUCGCCCGCACCGCCUGCUCAGCAAAUGGCAACACCUAGCACCUCCGCUGCUGAGUACCAUGGCAACUACGGCAUGUCAGCCUCGGCGUCGCAGCCGGUGAUAGCCGGUGACAUGUACGCCAAUAACGCCCAGCGCAUGAUGCGCACAGCGUCCAAUCCGGCGUACCAGAAUCCUGCCAUGUAUCCACCGCAAUCAUCCAUAGCAUCACAACAACAAUCUGCUGUCGCAUAUUCUAAGCAAUAUCAGCAUCCACGUCAAAAACAGCAACCAUCCUCAUCCUCAUCAUCAUCAUCAUCGAUGCAGCAACAAUUAGCACCGCAAUCGCAAUCGCUGCCACCACCCCCACCACCACCACAAACUCAUCAAAUCGUUCCCGAUGAUUACAGCGGCCCUGUUCCUGAAGACCCAAUGACAGCUGCCGAAUCAUACAGGACUACUCAACAUAGACGAUGAUCAUGCUUCAUUUACCCCACCUCCCAACUUUUCUCUUUAUAACUCUCCAACUUAGUCUUUUCUUUUUUUCCAUUUUAUAUAUAUAUACACAAUCACAACACCCACACUCAUAUAUAUAUUAUUUCUUUUUUUCUUCCUUUUUUUUUUCACGCGUUUUUAAAAAAACAUAUUCUUAUAUAUCUGCCCCCUCUUGCUUGUU